CUCUCUCUCUCCCUCUCUUCUCCCAAAGAAGUAACAAAGUAAGAAGAGCUAAAACCCUAAAUCCCAUUUUUCGCUUAGUUUUGGUUCUGAAAAACCCUGUGCCAUCUCUGCAACUGCAACAGACCGCCAUGUGCUAACAACUAUACUUCAAAAACAAAACACCCUCUCUUUCUGCCUCGGCUUCGGCUUCUGCUUCUGCUUCUUUGAAUUUGGCAUACAAUUUCUGAAUCCCAUCGCCAUGUCCGCCUUAUCAAGAGGCCUCCUUUCUCGUAUUCGCCUCCUCUCUCUCAAUCCUCCCGCUACUUGUACUGCCACCACCACCACUUCCUUCUCCUCCUCUACUCCCGCUCUCUAUCAUUUCUCCAGGCGAUUCAGCUCCGAAUCUCUUCUCGAUGCCACCGAGAUUGCUAGCCAACCCACUCGGAUUAUCGAAGCCAGGCCUGGCGCCAUGACCCCCAAUUCCAAACGAACCGGCCUCAUUGCCGUUAAAUGUGGGAUGUCGGCGCUUUGGGACAAAUGGGGUGCCAGGGUUCCCAUCACAGUUCUUUGGGUUGAUGAUAAUAUUGUCUCUCAGGUCAAGACCAUCGACAAGGAUUGCACUACUGCCCUCCAGAUUGGUUGUGGACAUAAGAAGGCAAAACACUUGACUAAGCCUGAAGUGGGUCAUUUCAGAGCUCAAGAUGUUCCACUCAAAAGGAAAUUGAGGGAGUUCCCUGUCACAGAUGAUGCACUUCUACCUGUUGGUACAUCACUUGGUGUUCGCCAUUUUGUUCCUGGGCAAUUUGUUGAUGUCACUGGGAUUACAAGGGGUAAAGGUUUUCAGGGUGUGAUGAAAAGACAUGGAUUUAAAGGAGGGCCAGCGUCUCAUGGUGCUUCAUUGUCGCAUCGAAGUGGUGGUUCUACAGGUCAGAGGGAUGCUCCUGGAAAGGUUUUCAAAGGCAGAAAAAUGCCUGGGCGUAUGGGUGCGCAGCAAAGAACGGUUAAAAAUGUUUGGGUUUACAAAAUCGAUCCUGCAAGGAAUUUGAUGUGGGUGAAGGGCCAGGUACCUGGAGCCAAAGGGAACUUUGUGUUCAUAAAAGAUUCUGUGUAUAAGAAACCCAACAUUUCUAUGCUUCCAUUCCCGACUUACUUUGCUGCAGAAGAUGAGGACACAGCGGAGUUGGAACCUAUGAUUGCUGAUCUUGGGGAAGUGGAUCCAUUUAUGGCUGCAGAUUAAUUAGGAGACUGAAGUAUGAAAACUCCAGUUUUGCCAAAUUUUCCUAUCCUAGAAGAACCCUGAGGCUAUUGAUGCUUUUGCUUUUAAAUUUAUUUUUGGUUUUUGAGAGAAAAGGCAGCUGAGGUUUUUGUAAUUAACCAUUCAUAAAUUAGAGAAAAUGAACAUGCAUUGCAGAAGAAAUGCAUUGCAUUAUUUAUGUUA